ACAUCAUGGACCCCAUAAUACCGCAUAGGAGAAGCGAGCAUCUGCAGCAUCAGAUCAAACGCGCGGGAACAGACACGAGCAGGGGACUGGAUUUGGAGCGAACCGCAUCCACCACGAGAAUGAAUGAGAAAGACUUGCUUCGUGGUCUUAACGGUCGUCUCGCGGGUUUCAUAGACAAGGUGCACCAGUUAGAACAGCACAACCAACUACUGGAGAGGGAGAUAAGGGAGAUUCGGGGGAGAGCGCAAUCCGUCUCGUCUUUGGAGGAGCAGUACGGGCCGGAGCUGAGGCGGUUGAGGCAGCUGGUUCGAGACAUAACUCAACAAAAGCAUCAAAUUGAACUUGAGCACUGCAAUUUGGAGGAGGAGCUUUGCGAUUUAAGAAAGCGCCACGAGAAGGAGGCGAAGAGCAGGUCGGACACUGAGCGCGAUAUUACGGUCAUAAAGAGAGAAAUAGAUGACGCAUAUCAAGCCAAACUGCAACUGGACAAGAAAGUAAAGGUUCAGGUGGAGGAACUGCACUGUCUCAAAAAGAGCCAUGAGGCGGAAGUGUCUGACAUGCUGGAGGCCAUACAAAACACGGAAGAAAAUUAUAGAGCGCGCGAAUUUGGGAGCCCCGGCGUUACUGCGGCACUCAGGGAAAUCAGGACGCAACUGGAGAGCCACGUGGGUCGUGACGCACAGCAGGUAGAGGAAACCUUCACAUCCCAGUUCGCGAAGUUGACAGAGGCAGCCGAGAGUAGAAGGGAAUGUCUGAGAGCGAGUCAGCAUGAGAUAAACGAUUAUAGGAGGCAACUACAAGCUAAGGAUGUGGAGCUGGAGAGCGCUAAAGGCACGAAGGAGGCGCUGGAAAAGCAACUCCGUGAAGCAGAGGAUCGCCACAAGCACGAUCUCCUGCAUUACCAGGACACCAUUAAACAACUUGAGAACGAGCUCAUAAAUUGUAAAUUUGACAUGUCUGGUUACCUGAGGGAAUACCAAGACCUGCUAAAUGUGAAGAUGGCGCUGGAUGUGGAAAUACUGUCCUACAGGAAACUUCUGUGCGGUGAGGAAGCACGGCUCUCCUCUGUGACGGACAGCCCUGUGUCUCUGCCCUACAUCUACCACCAGUCUCCAGUCUACACUCUGCCCUCCAUCAACAGACCAGGAGGCCCUCACCGCCGCCCCGAGCCCCAGUACAAGUUUGUGGAGGAGAUCAUCACCGAGACCACAAGGGAAAUCAUCUUGUCCGAAUAUGAAGAUCCUGAAGAGACACUGGUGCUGCCAGGGCAACUGUGCAGCAAAAGAGGGAGCGAAGAAGAAAGUGACCAUAGUAAAGACAGUAGACAGGAAAAUACUGAGCAGGAGUGUGACAGUCAGCAGGAUAACGUAAAAUCACAAGGAGGUGAAGGGGAGGAGGGAUCUAAGGGAAUUGUAGAAAAUGAUAUUGGUGACAAGGUUACAGGGGAAAUAGAAAAAGAGCAGGAUUUAAAAGAAGUUAGCGCACAACUUAAACAUGAUUUGAAAAAGGACGGGAAUGUCACAGAUGAAAGUAACACGUCUUCAGAUAAGGUAAGGUAAGAUGCGUUUGGGUUUAUUCCAAGAGUUAUAAAGUGGUCUACUGGGAGCAAAAGGAGCUACACUGAAAGCAAAAAUUAUGCAGCUUUUGGUUAUAGACUUGAAACUGAACAAAAAAUAAUGUAACACUCAUCUUGAAAUCUAGAUGGCAAAUAAUAAUGCACUGUUGCAAAAGCACAAGAGAAUAGGCGAGUUUCCAAGAGAGAGAAGCAAACUAUCUAUGCAGGGCAGAGGACACUGUGAAAAGCAAUAUAAUGCCUGAAUGAGUACAUAUUUACUAUCAGCUUCAAAAUAUGAAAUGCAUAAUUGUAUGUAAAUAAAAAUCAGGAAGUUUGCAUGUUUCAAAGAUUGUGUAGCAGUCUGUUAAUAAAUUAAUAAAA